AAAGGAGACCGGCGCACCCUUAACCUAAACCCUCUCUUUCUUAAACCCUACUCUGCAAUUUUUGACAGAGAGUGGCAAAACCGUCGAGUUUAUUUCAGCGGCUUCGGUUUUUUUUUUUUUUCACUUUGCCCUUUAAUGGAGGAACCCAUUUCUGCCUCUAAUAAGCAAGUUGCAGUUAUGGAAUGUGAUAAUGAUACUGAAAGUGAGUUUGAAGGAGGGGGAGAGGAAGAGGAAGGAGUUUCUGAAACAUCUGUUUUUGAAUCGUCUCGGGAAGCUAAAUUGAAAGAAUUAUUGCAUAAGAUCAAUUCUAUUGAAAUAAAAUUGUUUUCAGAUGCUACCAAAGAGUUUGUUAAGUUGCUCAAAACUGAUGCUGGAGCUGAAUUGCUUCAUCUUUAUGUUCGGACUUCUCCUUCCUUGUCGGAGCUUCUAGAAGCUUGGAAGCUUCGACAGGGGAAACCUGGAAUGUCCUAUGUUUUAUCUUUGAUUUCAUCUAUUUUGAGUCAUCCUGAGGGGAGAAGAUACAAUUAUAAAUUGGGUGUGAGUAGGGUGCUUGAUAAGUUUGCUAGAUUGAUUGUUGAUGAAAAGUUGGAGGAUGUUUAUAAGGAAUUGAAUAGUAAAGAUGGGAAGCGUCAAAAUGCUGCACUUUUGUUGAUGGGAUCGGUUAUUAGGCGUUGUUCAGGCUUGGCUUCUGAGGUUGCCAGGAAAUUUGAUUUUAAACUCCAGGGGUUUUCUAAGCUUUCAGAGUAUAAAAAAAGAAAGCAGAUUGAUAAGAAAAAAUAUUCGACUAGAAAGUCGUUUGUUGGGUUUGCUAUGUCAUUUUUGGAGAUGGGGAAGCCGGGGUUGUUGAGGUGGAUCUUGCAACAGAGAGAAAUGUAUUCUGGUGUACUGAGAUGCCUUGGGAAUGAUGAUGAUGAAACUGUUUCAUAUAUUUUGGCUACAUUGCGUGAUAGGGUUCUCACAGAAGAGUCAUUAGUGCCCCCAGGUCUUAGGAGCGUUCUCUUUGGCAGUGUUACUUUAGAACAGCUGGUAAACAUUUCUGGAAGGGAGAAUGGGGGAGUUGCUGCAGAAUUGGCCUACACUGUUCUUCUUAUGGUAUGCACAGAUCCUUCUAAUGGGUUGAUGCCUGAUUUGGAGAGACAUCCUAAUCCAUUAAAGGGUAAUCCAAAGAGAUUAUUGGGGGUCAUGAAAAAGCUAAAAGCAACAGAGAUUGGCUAUCAUAAGGACUUACUUUUGGCUACUCUUAGGGGGAGACCAUCCUUGGGUGCAGCUUAUAUGAAUGAGUUCCCAUACAGUGUUGAAGAUCAUGCAUCACCUACUUGGUUUUCUACUGUUUCUCUGGCUGCAAGCUUGAUUUCCUCAGUGGCCAUGGGAAAUCCAUUUGGUUUCUUUGACGCUAAGUCUCAUGAUCCACCUUCCUUUGAUAGUGUAGAUGUGCAGAAUAUCAUUAAUUGCAUAUGUCCUCGUCCACUCAGCAGAUCUGUAGUCACCAAGGGUUUGCUUCACUCUGAUUUUCUUGUGAAGCAUGGAGCCUUAAGGGUUCUUUUGGAGGAGUUGAAGUUGUUGGAUUCCUUCAUCAGUUCUUUGAGCCACAUUUCUUGUGUGAGGAAUCAGAUGAUGGAAAGUUGGGCAUCAUUGAAGCGAGAUAUUCAGAAUGAGGUUCAAACUUUGCUCCCUAAUACACAGGUCUUGUUGACACUAUUUUCUUCGCUGGGUACCCACAGUAGAAUUCCUUCUUUGAAGAGGAAACCUGGUUUAGAAACGUUUUCAGAAAACAGCAGUUUAAAGAAAUUGAAAGCUGGUGUUUCAAAGGAGGAUUCAGACAUUAUUGUAGGUGGGAUAACCUCUGGUCCUGACAUUGCUUUGCCCGAGGAUCAUGACAUGGUUGCAGAUGCACAUGUGACAGAUGUGUUGGGCACUGAAAAGGAAUUUUUGAAUGUCAUUUCAGAAAUUUGGGGUUUAGACCUAUCCUCCAGCCCUAUUAUGGAAUUAAAAGAUGCGGAGAUGUAUUUCUACUCUAAGCUUCUGGACACUCUCAAGAUUUAUCUUCAGGCUCUACCUACUGUAUUAGAGGGAUCAUUUGACUUCUUCAUGAAUCUUCUGAGCAGUCCAUCAGCAUUGCCAAUAGAUCUUCAGCGCUCUCUUCUGUCUUUGCUAAUAGAAUACAUAGGAUGGUCUCCAGCGAACAGAAAAUUUAAUAGAAUCCCAUUGCUGAUGUACAAGCAUCUGCAGAUGUUCGUUAACUUGCUAAUUCUUUCACCAAAUAGUGACAUAAAGAAUCAAGCAUAUUUACUGGCAAGAGCAGCUAUGUUGAGUACUGGUGCCUUUGACAGAAACCCGUGUGAAAUUGAUGCAUGGUUCUUAUUUUUGCCAGGUUAUGGCAGAAAUAAAUCCUCUGUUGAGGGGCAUGGAGUAGAAGUGCUGCAGAGCCUUUCUGCAGUUGUUGUCUCAUUCUUAGGUGAUGCUAUUUCCACCAUUGGGAAUAAUCUGUUCAAACAUUGGGAUAUAUUUCGGCGUUACAUAUCCCGCUUAAAAGGCUUUAAAGGUAUAUCACCUAACUUUAGCCUUCUCAUUAUAUGUGCCCUCAAUAAAUGUCUAAGAUUGCUCAAUUCCUCAUCCGGAACCUUUUCAUUAUCUGAGAAGUCAAUGAUAUCAUUGUAUGUGUGCAAUACAUUGAAGUAUCUCUUGCAGACACAGGUAGAUGCAGCACUCUUGUCUGAUUUAAUUCAAUCAGUUUUGUCUGAGGGACUUGGUGAUCGCUGUUCCAUGGUUUAUGAUUCUGGGGAUUUCUUUUGUGAGUGGAGGCCAUUGAAGAGCUUAUUGUACUUUUCACAAAAUGCUUUGUAUCCACGACCUCAUUGCUAUCUUUCAAUUGACAAAACUGCUAUCCUUGAUGAUAAUUCGUUUGCAAAUACACUUUGUGAAGUGAAAAAAAUUAUUAGAAAUGAGCAUCAAGGUGAACUAAGUGGAAUAGUUAAGGCCUUUUAUUCUGCAACGUUAUGUGCGGCACCUGAGGAUAUAUUAAUGAAUUUUCCUUUGGUAAUGACUAUUUCUCUGAAGCUUGGUGUAGCUGUCCUACUUUUAUCAUCAUUAAUAUUUAGUGAGCAAAAUUUUUUUGUUGGUAUUUCUAAUUUAUGGCCUGAGGUGUUUUUUCCUGGUCUGGAAAUGGCUUUGACAAGGAUCCAUCAACAAGGCAAUGAUGAUGCUGAAGGAAUGAUUUCUAACAUUGAUUUAGAUACGAUACAAUCAGCUACCACAGCAUUUAGUUUGUUUUUGAAGCAGAUUCCAUUUCACGUGCUAUUUUCUGCAAUUAUAAGCACUGAUGCCCUUUAUUUAUCGGAGCACUCCAAGGUGCAGGACUUGCUUUUGGCUAAGAGGUCAGAAUGGACCAGUGAUGGGCCCAUUUCCUGUCUGCGCCUUGUGUUAUUUUGGUUUUAUCGUGUGCGAGUUUCUUAUAGAAGCAAACAGUUAACUGAACUGGAACAACUUUCUGAUAUGUGCUUGAUUCUUGUAAAGGAUAUGUUUUCCCAACUGUUGGCUUUAAAGCCUGAUUUUGAAUGUUUAAUGGAUAGUGAUGUUCCUUUGUCAGCAGAAACCAUAAGAGAAGUGGCAGAAACUAUCUUAUGUCAUCCGGCAGUGAUAGCAUCGCUGACUUGCCCUUUGAGCUGUAAUAAGGAGGUGAGUCUGGUGACAACAGGACUCUUAGGGAAUGGUUUGGAGACUUUUCUGAGUUUAUCUAGCCAGAGACUUCAUAAAUUAGAUCGUCAUGUCCUGGAUCUGUUGACUGCAACUUUAGAGUACUACUUAUAUUUUUCAAAAAGCCAUUAUUCUGUCAUUGAAGAUGGGCCAAGGAGGACAUUUCAGAGGGCUUUCAGUUCCCUGGUACAAAGGCUGUUUCUAGACCUGAGGGACAGGUUUGACGUGUGCAGUGCUAGUGGAGAUUUGCAGCCACUUCUCUCAUCAUUUUGUGCUUUACAUGCUUUGAUUCGAUUUAUAUCCCCUUUUGGGCUUCUUGAAUUGGGGAAUUGGAUGUUUAGUAGAAUUAAUGUGAAUCAACUGACAGUUGAAAAUUUUCAUGCAAUGUCUGCUCUGUCUGUUGGUUUUUCUAUUGCUGGUGGUGCUUUUGAAGUUUUGUCCACUUAUUUGGAGCAGCCUCUAAUAAUGAGAGCACCAUAUGAUUUCUUAUGGGAAGUGGAAGAGAAGACUUUUGAUGUUAACCUGUUGGAGGAUAUCUAUGUUAAAGUUUGUAAAUUUGCCUGUAAUUUCAAAUUGGAUUUUGCCGAUAUGUGUUUGCUAAGAGCUGUUAGUUCUGUGUAUAGGCAAAAAAACACGCAUCAUGGUGCACUUCAUCCAUCAAGUGCAUUAAUGUCAAGGGUUAUAAUGAGCACUCCAGUAGAAAUAGUUUCUCAUUGCAUUUCUAGAACCAGCAUUGGAAAAGCUAAACUGUUGCAUCUUCUUAUUGAGAUGAGUCCCCUGCAUCUAUCAAUCUUUGGGCAAUUAUUUUUAAGUAUCUUAAACAGAAAUUUUCUUUCCAAUGGCUUUCUGAUGAAAGAAGUCUCUGGCUAUGCCCUUUCAGAUCAGGAUUUUAUGAUGCUUCUUCCUGCUGCUUUAUCAUUGCUAAAUUCAGCUUUUGUGAAAUUUAAGACGAAUUUUUACCAGCAUUUUAAAAGUAUACCAUCCUUUUAUUCAAGGUUGCUGUUGAACGGUUUCGUGCAUUGGAACAGCUUUGUGUCCACAGAUAUAUUUCAGGAGGAAUACAGUGAGUUCUUGCCAUCUUCUGCUGAAGAACUUUUUAAUCUGGUUGAUGGAAGUCUUCUGGGGAAAGCAAUUAAUUUGUUGAGAUAUCACUUUUUGUUAAGUGGAGACUCUUUCAAACUGAAAAAGCGAUUGGAGCUUUUUAAUUCCAUUUUUGCUAGUUCUGCUACACAUGAAGAACUGCUUGAUUGCAAUGUUACUGAAAUGGAUUUUAGUUCAGUUAACAAGUCAUUGAACCAUAUUAAUAAAGUUGUUGCCAAAAUAUCAUUCUGCAGGAUGCUGUUAUUUCCGGAAGACGAUAAAGAGCUGUUUCUGCCAGAAGAAACAGAUGGAGGCUUGAAGGAAAUUUCAUUAAUAUUGGGAUCUAAUAAAGCAGACUCAUCAAGAAUGCAUUUUAUGAAUGCUUUAGUGGGUGCAUGGCAAUGGAUGGUUAAGAAAUUACCUUUAGUUCCAGAGUAUUCCAAAUCAAUAAUAGCAAAUAGUGGGGAUUGCUUAUGCUUGUACGGAUAUUUGGAAGUUUUCAUCUUGAGAAAUAUUCUUCAACUGACCAGAAAAAUGCACGGUUAUCUAAUUCAGUUGCAAUCUAUUCCUUUUGUAGAACAAUUAAUGAGAUCCACCCUCCUCCAUAGAUUUGAAGAUUCCAAUACACUGAGAAUUCUACGAAGCAUCCUCAUAUUGCUGUCAGAGGGAACAUUUUCACGUGUUCUAUGCCUCCAAAUGUUGCUUGGUCACUCUCAGUUUGGCCCUAUGAUUCACUCUAUAUCUAAAUCAUCUGUCUCGGAGACCGGUACCUUUUUUAGGCCAAUGUCUAGUAUUCUGAGGUUGCUUGUUAUCCCUCAUAUCUCUUCAAAUAUGAAUGAUGGCAAGGAUGACCAGGAAGCAGCUGUGAUGUGUGUGAAGCAGUUAGAAAUUCUUAAGUUACUUAGAACACUUCUCCAGUCUGGCACUGAUCAGUCUGGUUUUGAUUCUAGAAAUGAUAAUGGCAUAAAUCUUAAAGAAUUGCAUUUGUUGCUUUUGUCUUCUUAUGGUGCAACACUUGGUGAAAUUGACUUGGAGAUAUACAGUCUGAUGAAUGAAAUUGAGUCAAUUGAUUCAUCGGAAUCUAAAUAUAUUGCAGAAAUGGAUUACCUUUGGGGCAGUGCUGCUAUGAAAGUAAAAAAAGAACGUGGGCUGGAGCAUAAUGCUUCUAUUGAUAUCAUCACUGAUACUGAAGUAGUUCUAGAGGGUCGAAAAAUUAACUACAGGGAGAAUCUUCUGGUUGAACCCAAAGUAUGUGCCGCAACAGUGCUGCACUUUCCUUUUGAUAGAACUGCUAGUGAUGAGCCUUUAUCCUUGAACAAGUUUCCAACAGAUAAUCUUAAGGACGUGAUUAAGCCACCUUCUCCUGGUGCUGGAAAAAUACAGCGAUAUGAUCCUGUUUUUAUCAUGCGCUUUUCAAUUCAUAGUUUGUCGGCAGGCUAUAUUGAACCGGUCGAGUUUGCUGGUUUAGGCUUGCUUGCAGUUGCAUUUGUAAGCAUGUCUUCUCUUGAUGUUGGGAUGAGAAAAUUGGCAUAUGAAGUUCUUUCAAGAUUCAAGAUUUCACUGGAGGGGUGUCAGAAGAAAAAAGAUGUUAUGCGACUUCACCUGUUGUUGAUGUAUAUGCAAAAUGGAAUAGAGGAACCAUGGCAAAGAAUCCCUUCUGUUGUAGCUAUUUUUUCUGCAGAGACAUCGCAGAUUUUGUUGGAUCCUUUACAUGAACAUUAUUCAACCUUAAAUAAGCUUUUGAUGGACUCUUCUAGGGUAACUAUGAAGCAAAUACCCUUAUUCCAUGAUUUUUUCCAUAGUAAAGCUGUUAACUUUAGGGCACAGCGGCUCUGGAUACUUCACCUAGCUUAUGCAGGGCUUAAUUUAGAGGAUGAUGCUUGGUUAUAUAUCAGGAGCUCUAUUCUAGAGACUCUGAUGAGUUUUUAUGCUUCCCCUCUUUCAGAUAUUGAGUCAAAGAAACUAAUUCUUCAGAUACUAAAAAAGUCUGUGGAGUUUCAUAAAAUGGCUCAUUAUCUGGUUGAACAGUGCAGUCUGUUUUCGUGGUUGUCAUCUAUUCUCUCAACCUAUGGCAGAGUGCUGCUUGGAGAUAAUAAGAAAAUUUUCUUAACCGAGCUGGCUGUGGUUAUAGAGAUUGUUAAUGUGGUCAUUUCAUCAAAAGAUAUCAGUGAAUGGUUGCAAAGCUGUGCCCUUGAACAGCUGAUGGAACUUGUAUCUCAUCUAUAUAAACUUAUUGUUGGUGGCAUGAAGGUGACAAAUGAAUAUGCUGCUUUCAUCAAUCCAACUUUACAGAUUAUCAUAUCAACUCUAAAGAUAUCCCACAAAAGGCAAAUAUACCAGCCUCAUUUUUCCCUAUCACUUGAGGUUUUGUUUGAAAUCUCUCUGGCUGUUAAUGAGCAUGGCAUUGGAAGUACUGCAAAUGCCGAGUGUGGGCUUGAAGCUAUACUUAUGUGCACACCUCCGGUUGGCAUUUUUUGCAUGAAUCGAGAGAAGCUCUCAAGUUUUCUUGUGUGGGCUACUUCUACUGCCUUGAAGUCCAAGUCUAGAAAAAUGUUUCAGUGCAAUGAAUCUGGUCUCUGCCUCCCAGUAGUCUCCGAGGAGGCAUCACAUGAGGAGCCAUUAACAUUGAAACUUUUACGCUGGCUAACUGCUUCUAUAAUUCAUGGGAAGCUUUCUUGGAAUUUUAAUGAUUGGACUGCCACGUUUUCAGACAGAUCAAACUUGAAAACUCUUUGGUCUUUGUUGGAAUAUGUUGCAAAGGGGGAUAAAGAAGGCAGUAAAAGUAGCUUUCACUUUGAGGAGAUGCUAGCAGCCCAAGUCUUUUAUCUCCAGCAGUCUCUUGGCAUAAAUUGCAGUGCUCUUCCAUCAGUCAUCUCUGCACUUUGUCUCCUACUCCUUUCUGACGAUUCCAAUUUUGCAGGAUUGGACUUCAUGCUUGGCUUUAGGACUUCAAUGGUGACCCUGUGUUCAAGGAUACGCUGCCCUCCUGAAUUGAAUCCUGCUUGGAGAUGGUCAUUUGACCAGCCAUGGAAGGAUCAUUCGUCUGAACUGACUGGUUUGGAGAGGAUUGAUGAGCUUCAUGCCUGCCAAACACUGUUAUUGAUGAUCUCAAAUAUGCUUUGGAGGAAGUCUUCAGAUUUUUGGGAGUUAUCACUGCAAGAUGUAGAGAACUCUGGUGUAUUUGAGUGGGAAAGAAGUAUUAUAGAGACUGAAUGAUAUCUCAGAUGAAUACAAUCCUUUUGCAUUCUAGAUAAUAUGAUGCAGUGAUGGUUGGAAGCCAAUGGACCAGUGCUCUAACUCAAGUAAAGAUGGAAACCACAACAUUGAGUUUGGUAAAUAUUGAAGCAAUACUUGGAACAGUCAAGCCAAGGAAAUACAGAAAGUACAGUUGGUCAUGGUCAUAGGACUACAUAUGUUGGAAACCAUGGGCUAUCUUGUAUCCAGGCUGGAGCUUGUGAAUGAUUAUGGAGUUAAGGAGAUUAUGAUGAGUGACGCAGACUGGGUGACAUGAGAAGUGAGCAAUGGAGUCUUUGGCUUGGGUUAUUUGUAUUUGCUUCUUGUCAUUGGCCAAGACCUUCAACAGUCACUCUGUUGCUCUUGCAAAGGCAAUAGAGCAGCCGGCUGGUUAGCAAAACAUAGAGCAUGGCUGCUGGGAUUUGUGAAAAAGAUGGGCGCCACCAUUCUUUAUAAAGGUGCAAGGCAAGGAUGCUCUUGGCUUAAAUUUGAAUCGCUGCAAUAAUGUUGCUACUUGAAUUUGAAUAAACUAGCAUGAAUUCUUGUGAAAUUACUGGUGAAGCUGAGAUAGUCUUAAUGGACCCUUUUACAUUUUAACUGCGAUUAUAUUUAAUGAAGGAAGCAAGGCGACUAUUAUAGAAUUUCUCAGGUUUCAGUUGUGGCAUGUGGGUGAGUAGAUAAAGAAUUGGGAAAGUACACUAACAUCGCAUCAUCAGCUCCAAAAAAAAAAAAAAAAAAAAAAAAGGAGAGCUACCCCUUCCGAUAAAGUUACUUUACGAGGUUUGGUAGGUGUCGAUUUGAUAAAGGUUUCGGAUAUAAAAUCUAAGCUGAUUUUGCUAGUACAUAAUGUUAAAAUUUGGGACAUCCUGUACGGUACAUAUCCCAUUAAUCCCAAGGCCGCGUUUUGCUAGUUGAUAUGCUACUCCAUUCCCACUUCGUUUUAUAUGCAUUACAGAGCAAGUAGAGAAUCGUUUCACUUUGGUUCUUACCUCAUCCAUAAUUAUUCCUAUGGGAGAGAAAUCUGGUUCCCCUGACUGCAGCUUCUUUAUAACAGCCAAAGCAUCUCCUUCUAGUACUAUCGUCUGAAAUCCCAUAUCAAAGGAAAGGCUAAAUCUAAUGCUCCCACUUCUGCAAUUGCCUCCGCUACAAAAGGAUCGACCUACUGUUUUAAGCCGUAAGAUUCCUCGUGUAAAUAUAUUUUAUAUUUUAUACAAUAUAAAUAUAAAAAUUAAAUUAAUAAAACAAAGUAUAUGUAAA